AUGGCGUUCGCUGAGCAGCAGCGCUGGAUCACUGUCCAGCAAAAGACCUUCACAAAAUGGCUCAAUACCAAGUUGGAGGCUAGGGAGCUAGAGGUCAAGGACCUGGUGAAGGAUCUUAGUGAUGGUGUGCUUCUUAUCCAUUUGCUAGAAUCUCUAUCAAACGAAUCAUUGGGACGGUAUGCCGCCAAGCCCAAGCUACGAGUGCAACGCUUUGAGAAUGCCAAUCUUGCUCUGGACUUCAUCAAGUCGAGGGGCAUCCAGAUGACCAACAUUGGUGCUGAGGAUGUCGUCGACGGGAACAGAAAGAUUAUAUUAGGCCUAAUAUGGACUCUAAUUCUAAGAUUUACCAUCAGCGAUAUCAACGAAGAGGGCAUGACAGCAAAAGAAGGCUUGCUAUUAUGGUGCCAACGAAAGACAGCGUGCUACGACGAGGUGGAUGUCCGAGACUUUAGUGCCAGCUGGAACGACGGGCUUGCUUUUUGUGCCUUGCUGGACAUACACAGGCCGGACCUGAUCGACUACGACGCAUUGGACAAGUCAGACCGCCGCGGGAACAUGCAGAUGGCUUUUGAUAUAGCUCACAAGGAGAUUGGCAUCCCCAAACUCCUGGACGUGGAGGAUGUCUGCGAUGUCGCCAAGCCGGAUGAGCGCAGUCUGAUGACUUACAUUGCCUACUGGUUCCAUGCUUUCUCGCAAAUGGAAAAGGUCGAAAAUGCAGGUCGACGUGUGGAGAAAUUCGUCAACAACAUGCAAGGAGCCUGGGAAAUGCAGAGUGCUUACGAGAGGCGCAUGGCAGCACUCUUGAAGAAUAUCCGAGAGCAAGUCGAGAGGUGGCAGGCUGCCAAGUUCGAGGGGACCUAUACGGAUGCCAAGGCCCAAGCCACAGAAUUUGCAUCAUACAAGAAGGGCAAGAAGAGAGAAUGGGUUGCCGAGAAGAGCGAAUUGGCGACAUUGCUGGGGAACAUCAAGACUAAGCUGGGGACAUAUCGACUAAGGCCAUAUGACCCCCCUGCUGAGUUGCGCCUCGAAGUCAUGGAGAGGGAGUGGUCAAAUCUGGCACGGACAGAGAUGAACAGGGGCCAGUUGAUCAACGAGACAAUCCGAGACAUCAAGAACGCCCUUCGCAAAUCCUUUGCAGACAAGGCAAACGACUUUGCCAUGGCUCUCAACACUAUGCAGCUAGCUAUUUCUGGUCUGGAAGGUGAGGUCGAAGACCAGCUACAUCACGUCCGAAAACUCAGCGACAAUCUACCACCAAUGGAUGCUUACCUCAAGACUAUCGCUCUGGUUGACGAGAAGUGUCAGGAGGCAAACAUUGAAGAAAACGAUUUCACCACAUACACCUACGACGAGCUUUGCUAUGAGCUGUCACUAGUAAAGUCAUCGGUCUCUAAGAAGCUCUCCUUCUUAGAGAAUCAGAUAGUAGCGCGAGAUAUGACAAACUUGACCCCGAUUCAGCUUGAGGAGUUCGAGUCCGUAUUCCGCCACUUCGACCGGGACGACAGCAACUCACUGCAAGAGCUCGAGUUCAGCGCGGCGCUCGCCUCGCUCGGCCUGGUCUUCUCCGAGGACGAGAUGCACGAGUACUUCCUGGAGACGUCGGGCGGCCGCGACCGCGUCACCUUUGAGCAGUACAUCCGCUUCCUGGUCGAGGUGACCGAAGACCAGAACACGGCCGAGCAGGUCUUCCAGUCGUUCCGCGAGGUCGCCGACGGCAAGCCGUACGUCACCGAGAUGGACCUGCGCCACAGCCUCGUGCCCGACGAGGUCAUCGAGAAGCUCGUCGAGAUCAUCCCGCCCCACAACGGCCCCGACAUGCAGGCCGACCGCGGCAUGCCGCAGUAUGAUUACAUCUCCUUCAUGGAGAAGAUGAUCAACGAGGAGUCGGAAUCCGGACGCAUGUCGCCCGUGAAGGGAGGGCCGCUGACGGAUAGGGGGGACAUCAACAUCGGCAGCCCGAGGAAGGAGAGCAAGCUGAACGGUUACCAUUAA